UCUUAAACUGUGCUACAGAGAAAGUGCUGGCCAGAGCGCCAAAUCUUCCCCCCUCCCAUCAAACGUCAUUGGUGUAGUGGGGAUGCAUAUAUAAAAGAGGACAGAACAAGUAGAUAACUGAGACUUAGCAGAGACGAGAAGAUGAAGAUGAAUAUUAAACCACUAUUCACCAUAGAGAGAGCCAUCUCAUCAUCUAAAUCCAAAUUUUCAAAAUUUCGAAACAUGAACUUACCAUUUUUCAAGAAAAAUUUGCAGAAUACUGAAGAAGUGCAGGAUGAGCGGCACAGAAAAUAUGUGUGUGAGUGUGAAGAAGUGCAGAAUGAUGACAUACAGCAUGCAGAGAUUCCUUUGACUUUUGAGCAGAACCUAAAAGAGCAGCACUUUGCAGUGGCAGGGAAGCAGCUGAUAAACCGUGAGGAGCGUCUGUUUUCAGUAAAACAAGAUGGGGUGGGAUCCAGCAAGAGCCUUGUGGAGGAAGAGGAGGAUAAUGAGGAAAGUCUGAGGAAAGACUUUGAAGACCUUUUGGAGGAGGUGUGGUCAACAAUGGAGAAUUCCUUCGAGGUCCAAACAGAGAACGAGAAAGAGGCGCUAAAACAGGCAGUCCUGGUCAUACAACAAGAGGAGGAGCAGGACAGGAGAUGGGAAGGGGUAGCAGAAAAAGAGCGCCCUCCAUGGAGGCCUCGGUGCUGCAGGCGGACACACGACUCUUUGCUUCAGAAUAUGGUCCAGUGGCGAAUGGAAGAGGCAAAGUUAGACUCAAACGCUGACAUUAAAUCUUCAAUCCAAAAGGAAAUCAUAGGCAAAGGUAAACAACUUAAGGAGGACCUACUACACAUUGCAGAAUAUGUGAGGAGCUGCUACCCAGGAGAGAAUGUGUGCCAACUAUAUGCCAAAUUAUACCAUCAGGCCUUUUGUGCUACACUCAGAGAAAUUGCUGACUAUGGACUCAGUGAUGAUGACUGCUCACAUGUGCUGCAGUGGGUGAACAUACAUUAUCCCAGUAUCAUGAGACCUAAAGAGCUGAAAGGGGUUAUUAAAUAUGAACAACUUGAAGCACUCCUACCUGAAAACAUGCUUGAACCACUAGAGGAGCAGCAUUUGACCGAAAUAGAGGAUAAGCUGCAGACAUGGUGCCAAAAUAUUUUUAAAAAGAAAAAAGCUGAGCCUGAAUUGAGGGAUGGAUGCUACUUCAGCCCUCUGGCCAUUGAUGUGAUUAAGUGUGUCCAUGGUGCUAUAACUUCAGCACAGGAAGUGCUGGGCUCUUGUUCAAAGUGUCAGAGGAUCACACACCAGAUUAAAGAAUUCUUCAUUUAUUACCAGGAUUACCUUAAGAACAUGACUGAGGGUAAUGAGGGGAACAUUAAUGCUGUACUGAAGGCCAACCUUCUCUGCAUCAGACAAUUCAGGGAAUACAUGACAAUGAAUCAAGAACUCUUUCCUGCACAUAUCAAGUCCGACUGUAUGAAUUUGCUGGUCAGCAUAAGAGAACUUUGCCAUGGCUAUUUCACCAAGUCUGUCCAGAAAGAUCUGAAGGGGACAUAUGCCAAACUGGGUACUAGUGAGUGGCUCAAACACAGUGAACAUGUGUGUGGUGAGCUGCUUGAAGGAGUGGACACACACAUUCAGAAACUCACUAACUUGGAUGAAACAUGCUUUAAGGACCUGCUCAGUCGUCUUCACAAAGAAGUGCUGGCAGAGUAUGUAAGGACACUGAUGAAGAAGAAGAUCAAACUUGGAGAUGAGAAGAUACGACAACAGGCAGCUGACGCGUUAUGUGACAACAACCAGAGAAUACACACCAUGUUUAUUGAAGCUGGGUCAAAAAUGGAUGACCUGAAAGACGUCCUGCCAAGACUUGCUGAGCUGCUGACAAUAAAGGAUCCACAGUUUAUUGAAUUAGAGCUUAUGAAUCUAUUCAAAAGCUACCCCGACUUCAGUGAAGCUCAUGUCUGUGCCUGGCUGCAUCUCAGAGCGACCCUCUCUACCUCAGAGCUCAGAAUGAUCAGGAAGACUUUCUCAGAGUUAAGGGAGCUAAACACACCAAAAGAAACUGAUAAUCAGGAGCUGGAUCCGCUCUACUCAAGCAGAGAUUUCUUCUCUAAAGUGCUUGUGUAAUAGCCCUUUGUUAUGCUGCACAACAGUCCCUCAUCCACAUGUUGAGUUGUAUUUAAAAUGUUUUAUGAAAUGCACUGU